AAUGUUUACUGGGAUCUUCGUCUUUCUACCUGAUUGGUGCCAGAAAUUAAGGCCACUAACAUGAGUCACAAAUGUGUUAUAAAUGUGUUGUCUCUUUGGUCAUCUGAGACGUUACCUGUUGUACCCUGGGUGUCUCUGAUGUUCUUCUUGUUCCUAAUCACCUCCAGUGGAGCAUUUGCGGUUGCUGUAGCAGGGUUUGUUUUACAGGGUGGGGCUGCUAGCCCCACGCCCAACCCUCCUCCUUCAUCAGGGCUUGGGACAGGCAGGUUUCCCAGGGGGUUUCCAGGCGGAGUCAAUGUGUGUCUCUGAUGUUCACAGGGUGUUUACUCUCACCAAUGUAACUUCUUUGUACGCAGAUCUUCCUUCAUGAGGCUACAAGUGUACUAUGAUAGUUUGAACUACGAGAUUAUCACAGAGAAGCCUGCGUAUGAGGUGGAGCAGUUCCUGGCUGACAUUGGCGGCACCCUGGGCUUGUGGAUCGGAGCGUCGGUGCUGGGACUCGGCGAGCUUCUGGAGAUCGUCAUCCUGCUGCUCGUGCGGUGCCACAGGGCAAAGAAACGUGACUACCACGUGACAUCGCCUCCCUCACCUGUGACAACAGAAAACUAGACACCAACUCCUUGCUACUAUCGUUUGUUA